UAGGACUUCAACUUCAGCAGUUGAGCUACACACAUUCAAGUCGAGUCUUUGUUAUACUCAUACCCAUAGCAUAGCCCUCACAUCAACCCUAUACCAUAUAAACCACCUCCCACCAUCACCACCACAUCGUAACUCAUGGCACCCAAACCAUCUUCAAACCAAACAAUGACCAAUCCACCACCAUGAAUACCACCACCACAACAACAGAACCAUCCGCCUCCACCCUCUCCCAACCCGACAUCUACACCUCCAUAUCCCUCCUCUCCAUCUCCGCCUUCACCUGCCUCCUCCUAUACUACCUCAUCUUCGACCUCUCCUUCUUCACCCUCACCCCCAACAACCCCCUAAAAGCACCAAUCUCAACCACAACCACAACCACUAUCCUAACAACAACAACAACAACAACAACAACAACAACAACAACAACAACAACAACAACAACAACAACAACAACAACAACCCUCCUCUCCACCAUCUUCACCACCCUCCUCCUCUUCAACCUCCCCCCCAACAACCCCGCCGUCCGAAUAACCUCCGCCAUCCUCCUCGUCCUGACCACCACCUCCUCCAGCAUAUCCAACACCCUCCUCCUCUACUUCUCCCUCCCCCUAAUAACAAUCCACCAAAAACCCUCCGCCUACUUCCAACUAAAGGCCCAACGAUUCCUCCUCUACGGCAUAGUCGCCUCCAUCCUCCUCUUCCAACUCCCCCACGUCAUCGUCGCCCCCGCGGCAGCCACACUCUACAAGAAUGGUCGCUGGUCGCACGCAGUUACUAUCCUCGAGCGCAUCUCGGUGACGGCUUACUGCGGGAGGGAGAUACUUCUCCUCGGGUGUUAUGCCUGGGGUGUGGUGAGGUAUCUUCGGCCUGUUAUACACUACCACUACAAGUACUACCGAUCCCAACCCAAUACCGGAUAUAGAAACGGACAUGGAAAUGGAAACGGGACACAACUCCUCUACACCCUCCUAAUGGCCGGCAGCAUCUCGCUCAUCCUGAACAUAGCCAACAUCGUGGCCGUAUAUGUGGUUCACACCGCCGCAGCAAUGGCUUUCUUCCCCUUCGUGGUUAGUACGAAGGUGCUGGUUGAGGGUGUCGCGGUGGGGAGGCUUGUGGGGUUUAUUAUUGGGAAGAAGAGUACUUCUCUUCAUUACUACUAUCAACAGCAGAAUAGUAGUAUAUAUUCAGUUACUGGGUGUGGGAGUCAGUCGAGGAGGGGGAGUACACAGCCGCUUAUUAUGCAGAGGGGUUCUGCUGCGAUGAUGUCUGGGGGAGUGGGGAGUAGUAUUGGGAUUGGGGAGGGUAAGGAUGGUGGUUAUGGUAGUGAAGGGGAAGGAAGUCCUGGGGGUGCUUGGGGCAGGGAAAAGGAGUGGUGGUAUAGGAGCAGGGUUGGGUCUGUUGAUGCGGUGGUGUCUGUGACGGAGCCGCCGGUGGCUCAUUCAGCGGAGCAUUUGGUGCAGGAGGUGGUGGAUUUAGAGGGUGGUGUUGGUGCUGGUGUUGGUAUUAGUCGGCGGACGUCGGUUGUAUAAUUGGGUGGGAUUGUUGAGGGGGAUGACUUUGUAUAAUGUUUCUGAGAUAUUGGUAUGGGGUGUUGUUUGUGAUUAUAUUAUAUCCUGG